ACAUCAAUUGCAUAUACCACGCCAUUAUCAUCACUUCCUAGGUACCUUUGUUGGUUUCCUUCGCCGAGUAAUUGCUUCCUUUGCAUCAUUGUCGGGUUGUGCGGGGGCAAGACAGUGUAUGUUCCUGCUUAUCCAGUCGUAAAGACUAAACCGCUCUCCUCCAUCAACUACAAUCUCGUUUUUGAGAGAUCCCUUUCCUCUAUACAUACAAAAUGGCAGCCGACGACAAAUCUGCCAACCCCCUCAAACGUGUCGACCUCGAUGGCCACGAUCUCCCACCUUCACCUGCGCCAUCGAGCCCUCGAAACGGACGCCGCCGUUAUGCUCUGGCGACCGAAUUAGUCUAUACCGAGGGAAAAGAUCAGUAUGGCGCUUCAAGCACUCCAAUCUAUCAGUCAGCGACCUUUAAGCAGAGCUCUGCCAGCGGUGGCCAACAGGAAUACGACUAUACAAGAUCCGGCAACCCUACACGCACUCACCUCGAGCGCCACCUGGCCAAGAUCAUGAACGCAAACCGUGCCUUGGCUGUCAGCUCUGGAAUGGGAGCUCUCGAUGUGAUCUCGCGACUUCUGCGCCCUGGUGACGAAGUCAUCACUGGCGACGAUCUGUACGGCGGCACACACCGUUUGCUCACAUAUCUUGCAACCAACCAGCAAAUCGUCGUGCACCAUGUCGACACAACAGAUGUUAAUGCCGUUAAGGAGCGGCUAUCGGAAAAGACGACAAUGGUGCUCCUUGAGACUCCCACAAAUCCUUUGAUUAAAAUCGUUGAUGUACCCUCCAUUGCGCGUUUAGCGCACGAAAUCAAUGAAAGGGCUCUUGUGGUGGUUGAUAACACUAUGCUGUCUCCCAUGCUAUUCAACCCCUUGGACGUUGGCGCAGACAUUGUGUAUGAGUCGGGAACCAAAUAUCUCUCCGGUCAUCACGACAUCAUGGCCGGCGUGAUUGCAUGCAAUGAUGCGGCGAUUGCUGAUAAGCUCUACUUCACCAUCAACUCGACCGGCUGUGGAUUGUCUCCCAAUGACUCGUUCCUUCUGAUGAGAGGAGUCAAGACGCUGGCUAUCCGCAUGGAAAAGCAGCAAUCGAAUGCACAGGCCAUUGCUGAGUUCCUAGAAUCACACGGGUUCAAGGUACGGUACCCCGGCCUCAAGUCUCACCCCCAAUAUGACUUGCAUUGGGCAACUGCCAGGGGUGCCGGCGCGGUAUUGUCUUUUGAGACAGGAGACGCAGUGCUGUCACAGCGUAUCGUGGAGGCAGCCCGUCUGUGGACCAUUAGCGUCAGCUUCGGAUGUGUAAACAGCCUCAUCAGCAUGCCCUGCCAAAUGAGCCAUGCCAGUAUCGAUGCCAAGACUAGAAGGGAGCGACAAAUGCCUGAAGACAUCAUUCGCCUUUGCGUCGGUAUCGAAGACGUCGAUGAUUUGAUAGAAGAUCUGUCCCGCGCUCUUGUUCAAGCUGGCGCAGUAACAGUCUCUCUUGACGGAUUCCAAGCUGUUGAGCCGGUUCAGACGCAGUGAAGGCCUAGGAGGAUCUAGUCAAACGGUGGAUUCAAUAUCACGAGUCGUCCAUUUUCUGUACGUUUUGAAGCAAGUCGCUUUUGUCUUAGAGCACCAGUGCGGGAUUCGGCCUCCCCUCCUCACAUUGGCCCCUGAGCGUGGAGGACACUAAUAAAUGCCCCCGGAGGGCAUGAGGGUGAGCUACCGCUGAGCGGCAGAAAGCGCUGGCCAUAGUUGCCUCGUAAACACGGUAACGGUGCUGUUGGCUUUCUCCGUACGAUGCAAAUGUACGAGUAGAUUCCAAUGGAGCUCCUUCAUGUACUAUCUGUUACGGCUUUUUGCUUUGCAAUGCUACUCCUUUGAGUGCUGUAGUUGUAUUUUGUAUGGAAUACUGCAUAUACCAAUACGAUUAAUGAAGUAGCAGGGUGGUGAAAUUAG